AUGGUUGUCCAUUUGCUGAUUGAAACGCUAACUACUUUCAAAGUAAUUUCAUUGUUCUUACAUCAUUCGAACGGUUUUUAUUAUUUUCGAUUCAUUUCAUACAACAUCACAAUGACUGAUUAUUGGAAAUCUGGUGAAAAGCACUUCUGCACAUUUUGUAAAUGUUGGUUAGCUGGAAACAAAAUUAGUAUUGAUUUACAUGAAAGUGGUAAUCAUCACAAGAGUAUGGUUCGAGCGAAAGUCGAACAGUUACGUAAAGCAAAUGUUGAAAAAGAACGUGAAAGUAAGAAUUUCUCGGAAACAUUAGGACAAAUGGAACGCGCUGCUAAUGCCGCAUACACUCGUGAUCUGGCUAAUAGUGUGAUGCCUAAAACAAGUGAUGCAGCGUCUGAUAUCAGUCUUCCAUCGAAAUUGAAACGACCUGUUGAUCAACCUGUGCAAGUGCAAAUAAAAAAGCCCAAAUUUGUCAUUAAAACUCCGACAGCGAAACCUGUCUAUGAGCCAAUUGUUACACCGUCGGAAAACGAAACGAAAGUACCAAAAAAGGAAGAAAUAACGAGUAUUUCAGAAGCAAACGAAGAAGCAGCAGUAACAAUACGCAAAACUGUUCCCAAAGAGCCAGAAGAAACUGCGACGAUUGCCAACGAUUCUGAAGGCACUUGGUAUGAAUCGAAAACUGAGAAUCAAGAAUCGUUUUAUUGGAAUGACACAACUGGAGCGUCAACAUGGACACCACCCACUGUAUAUCUCUCAAUUGAACAACAACGAGCAAAAGGAUUGAAAGUAUUAUAG